AUGACUUCAACCCUGGAGCAAGAGGCCACAAUCUUGCAAACCUUGUCCGGGGGCAUUGGAAUUCCAACACUUUAUUGGUUUGGAAAAGCUCAUAAUCAAAAGACUAUGAUCACCGAUGCGCUCGGACCUUCCUUGGAAGAUGUAUUUGAUCGAUCCAAUCGAUACUUUGAUAUGCCAUUGGUGCUAGAAGUUGCAAGUCAACUUAUAUUUCGGCUUGAAUGGAUGCAUUCAUAUCAUAUCGCACAUGGUCAGCUUAGUCCAUUUUCAUUUGCUAUGGGAGCCUCCACAUGGCAGACACCACAAGUGAUUCUUGCGGAUUUUACGAAUGUCAACAAAUAUCAAUUUUCAAUAAAGAAAGACCUCCAAGCUGUGACGGACAUACUGGUUUAUCUCGCCAUAGGACCUCCGUCAUGGGAUCUUUUCCAGGCGCGAAAGCCGAGUUUGGCAGAAAUACCGUCGCCUCUGAAGGAGUUCGUAUCAAUAACCUCAGACAGGGAGAUGAAUCCAGCCGACUAUUCCCUACUUCGGCAGUACUUCCAUACAGCACGUCAGAGUCUACCAGGCCGCACUAUUCUUGGUGGGCUAGGCUCUCCACAGGGGGAAAAUCUAUCCUUGAAGUCUCUUGCAAGCAAGAGUACUGGUGACCUUUUCGAGAAUCUUGGUUGCAAAUUAUCCACAGUUGGGCAUACCGCCGGCGACCCAGAAGCACCAUGGGGCCGAGAGCAGGCGAAAUUCCUACUGGGAUCUUUGAAUGAGAUAAUGGCCAUUUAUUUCGUUCUCUUGAUACGGGAGAAGCCGUCUCAAAAACGCAGACGCUAUCAUAUAGGCGUAUAUCAUCUUCCUAAUAGGCUGUAG